AUGCCCAGACUUAACCUCGAGCCGUUAUAUCCGAAAAAUGACCAGGGUCCUCGUUGUUUACAAGAACCUCAUUGGAGGCAUACUGGUCUGCAGGCCAGACAUAAUGCAAACAUCCUAAAUAAUGCGCUUCCCCGGCUGCAUAACAGCCCCUCAGGCAACACUAAUGGGUUUGGGGGCCAUGGGAUGCAAACUCUUCUCUCUAUGCGGCCAAGUGGGCACCAGCUCGCGCCUCGGUGGCUCCGAAUUCCCGAAAUGAUUCAUAAAGAAGGGUAUGUCAGAAGAAAGGGCACGUGGGAGUUACAGCAAUCGGUCUGCCAUAUCACGCAAUCCACUGUUGGAAGUUAUCUGCUGACUUUGUGCUCGUGUGGCUUGAAUAGUGUUGCAGGUUUCAACAGCUCAUGUCGAGUAAUCAAUACAAGGCAGUUUAGUUUGACAAACGAAACAAACAGUCUAAUCUGUAAGAACUUAUCCGCCGGCUGCAAGACAGCACGCGUGACGAGGACCGCAUUAGCAGCAGCGCAAACAGCCGCAACUAGUACACCAGUAAAAGAAGGGAGCAACAAGAAGUCCAGGAAGAAGAAAAUUUUCAACACCCACCAAUCAAUCAACAAGUUUAAGCAAAGAACCCAGCCUAUCUAA